UAUACAUCCUAUCAGUUGUCUUCAUGUUCCGAGCAAUUAAGAUGUCUAGCAAGUCACAGCGGCCAGCAACUAGAAGAAUCUGAAAUCCCAAGAGGACUCCUCCAUUGCUCCGCCACUCCGAACGCCUUUCUAAUAUCAUACUCGAUGUUCAUUUUCCAAUAAUUGUAACCUCUUUGUAUGUUUCUCUAUUGCCACUCACAACGCGGACACAUCCAUGAGCCAAGAGUUCUACAUCUGGCCUAGCGAAACACAAGCGGUCAAGAAUGGUCUUGAUCAACCGACAGCAGCCCCCGUCUCCUUCCCUCUAUGGUUCAACCCCUACAGGAUAGACUACCAAUUCGGCAACUCAUUACUCAUAUCACCUGUAACCCAGAACGAAGCUACGUCACUUGGAAUAUACCUACCUAAAGACAUGUUUUAUGAUUUUAAAAGGCUCACAGCCCUGGGGGAGGCGUACGUUUCAUUGAAGAAUCUCCCUAUAACGUAUUCUUCAUUCGAGGCUGUGGAGUGA